CAAACUCGCGUUUUUGCAGCUGAAUGAAUUCCCUGUUUCGCGAGUAAAAAACUUCAAUUAAGCUUUGCAUGAAGAUGACGCAACGGGCAUUUUGCUGCUGAUAAGGAAGUUUAUCGAGAAACGAUAUUAAAGAGAACGGUUUAGAUUCUCUCAGUAUGAUUCUUCAUCUUGUCAGCGAAGCAUCGCAUAAUGACUCCAAAAGUUUUAAUUAAAUUCACAAUAGCAUUCAUAAUUUUGUGCAUUCGGCCGAUUUAUUGUCGAUUGUGCGAAGAGGAGAUCGUGGGUUUUAAAAAAUUGGGAGUGCAUCAUUCGACAGAUGUGCAAGGCAAUCGCUACAUAAAAGUAUUUCAUUUAUCGAUGGAUUUCGAGGGAAAUUGGAUGGAUUCCAGAAGUUUUUGUAGGACAUUCGACAUGGAUCUUGCGACUUUUGAUAGCAGCUAUGAAUUUUCAAAUUUUGUCAAAUUUGCUAUGGAUAAGUCAAGCUAUUUUGAUAAAUGGACUCAUAUUGGUGGAAUUUCCAAAUUUAACGGGAAGCGAAGAGAAUGGUAUUGGAUAACAACAAAUCGGCGAGUGACUUACUCAAUGCAAUUUGCUGUUGGUCAGGUAAUUUUAAUCAGUUUUCUUCAUGUGUUUUUCAUGUGUAAUUCACGACUUGUUGGAUUUCAAAAACUAGGAAAUUAUUACAUCACUGAUGAAAAGGGAAAUUCUAAUGAGAAAUUGUACUACAUUUCAAUUAACUUUCGAGCAAAUUGGAUCAACUCAAAGAGCUUUUGCACGUCAUUCGGAAUGAACUUGGUGAGCCUUGAAAGUGAUCAUGAAGCACAGUAUUUUAUGAAAGCUUGUGAAAAUAACUCAAAUAGUUUUGAGGAAAUUACUUUCAUUGGAGCCACGUCUGAAUUUAUAGAUGGCAAUGAAAAGUGGUUUUUAACGACAACAGGAAAGGAAGUGAAUUAUAAAUUGGAGUUAUCUGAACCGAAAAAUAACGACAAUAAUCAAUGCUUAGCUUUGUAUCAUAUGGAUGCGAAAUUCUCAUACACAAAAGUUAAAUGUAAUGGACAUGAAAAUCAUAAGUUUAUCUGUCAAAAAGUGAUCCUUAAACUUGAAAAUUGGACUGACAUAUUUGGGAGGUGA